AUGGCUUUGGUUCAGCAACUUCUCCUCAAAGGACACAUUAAAGGAACUAACAGUAUGGAGUAUUUACAAACCCUAUCAGUCUUACGUGGUAAAAAAAAAGACAAUAGCUCUGAAACUAUUCCAUCAAUGUUCAAUGCAGUUGCUAAAAAUAAUCCACAGAAAAUUGCACUUUUAAGUGAAGAUGCACACAGUAUCCAGAACAUCAUCUCAUAUGAACUUAUGAAUGAAAAAUCAGAUUGUAUCGCACAGGUUCUUAGACAGUGCUAUUUAAAAGACAUUUUUAAAGAGUCUAUAAUCGGAGUAGCUCUUAAAUCAUCUAAAAAUUUGCCAAUAAUAUUAUUAGGAAUCAUGAAAGCUGGAAUGGCAUACUUACCCAUCGACUUGGAGUUUCCUGCUGAUCGUAUAAUAUAUAUUCUGAAAGAUGCCAAACCCACAUUAUGUAUAGUAGAAGAAACAGCAAACCUAGGUAUCUUCAAAGGCACUAAAACUGUAUUCGAUACAGAAUUGAUACUAAAACUGGAAGAAAAAACGAAUGAGAAGAUUGUAAUACGAGAAAACACAAAUGGACUGGCUGUAGUUUUGUAUACUUCUGGUAGUACUGGAACUCCAAAAGGUCUGUACAUAAAAUGA